AUGAAUCACUCUGAAAUUUUACAGCCGAGAGCUGAUUUUGGGAACCAGUGGACGGGGCCAUACUAUGGAGGGCUGUUCUAUGAUGGUUAUACUUAUGCUCAACCACCACCUCAUUACCCGAGCAUGUAUGCUGCAGCAGCUGGAGUGUAUGGGGCUUAUCCCGUGUAUGGCACCCACCAACAAGUAAGCUGA